AGGAUAAAUUUGAGAGUGUUGACAUGAAUGAUCAUCGUGAACAUAUCUUCGGAUGGAUGAAAGAGUUAUGGAACAAAUGGAGAUGACACUUACAUGCAAAAUAUGUGAAGGAUAAGCCAAUCCAACAUGCUCUUAAGAAUAUUCCAUAGGGAGUAGACAAGAAAGAAUGGGAGUGGUUAGUAAAGGAACAUUUUUCUUCAGAAAGUUUUCAGGCGAGAAGCAACAGGAAUGCAGCAAAUCGAGCUAAGUUGAAGAUGCUUCAUCAUAUUGGUAGCAAGCCUAUUCGUGAGAUCAUUUAUCAAAAGGGCGGAAAAGAUGGCAACCCACCGGAUUUGGCGACAAUUUUCUUUGAGACCCGUAAGAAAGAUAACAAGCUUGUUGAACCUGAAGCAAUUGAAAAACAUGCUCAAAUCGAAGAAAUAGUUCAAGCUGAUCCAUCUCUACCUAGCAUAGAGAUUGUAGAAAAAUGUUGUGGACCUCAAACUCGUAGCCAUGUGUUUGGAUUUGGGGAUGGAGUGAAGGCGAAAGAUUUGAAAGGUGGAACUUCUUCAAAGGCUGAAUUACUGUCCGCGCUACGUUCAACUCGAGAAGAAAACAAAUCUGUGAAUGAGGAAAACAAAUCCUNAACGUCUUCAUAA